UUUUUUCCCAUUGGAUCCCUGUGGCUAUAAAUAAAUAGGGGCUAUAUCUUCUGACCCACCCACCAAGAAGUAGCGUGUCAAAAAAAAUUCCGUAGAAACCUAGGGGAGAAACUGCAAAAACAGUUUUGCCAGAAUGGCAGAAAAGGGCCUACCUCCAAGAAAGAGAGUGCGGUUCAGGUUCACGUCCAACCCGAGCGCGGGAAGCAGCGCAGGUGGCGGAGGCGGAGGCGGCGACGGCGACGGCGACGGCGCAGCAGCACCGGCCCCCGCACUGCGACAGGAGCCCUCUUCUUCGGCGCCACGUUCACCGUCGCCACCCAAACCGCUCACGUGCAACCCCGGCGCGGGAAGCAGCGGAGGCGGCGGCGCGGCGGGACAGGAACUCUCUUAUUCGCCGCCGCCGCUUUCACCGUCGUCCCCCGGUGACGAGGACCCCGGAGAGGCAGGACGGGAACUCUCUUAUUCGCCGCCCUCGCUUUCAUGGUCGUCCUCCGAUGACGAGGAUAAGCUGGACGAAUUUCAAAUAAGAAAUGGAUGGGGUUCUCUGUUCAUGAGUGAUCCUCAAGUUCUUUCUGCUAUGUGCUCGAGUGAUCCACAAAACCCCCCUUGUUAUAUUGGCCGGCAAAAUUGUGAGCCGCUCACCAGACAGAAGUUUCUUUCACUGCACCACAAUUGGCAACAGCUGCUAGAUGGCAAGAAUACAUACCUCCGUCCUCCAAAGAACAACCGUGUUGCCAAGGACAAUGAUGACGACAGCAUCUUUGUAACCCCAGAACCUCUUGAGUUGACACUACAAUGUCAGAUGCCACUAUCGUAUUUGGUUAAUUCAGCUGGAGGAAUACCUACCAUCCAGCAGAAGUACAAGAUACUUAGUGAACAUUAUGUGUGCUUCAGACCAGUGCGAAGCGAUGGGUCACAGUUUUACAGAGCUUUCUUUUUCUCUUACUUGGAAAACCUUGGGAAAAUGCAAUGUAGUCAAGCUGAGGUCGCUCGUUUAAUGGAUUGCGUGGCAAGGUCCAGAGUGAAUUUCCGUCGUUUAAAAUGGAAUAAUGCAUACUUCUCAAAUCCAGAAGCAUUUUUCUCAAGUGUUGUUUCUGAGUUUGAGCACUUGGUCAAUUUAGUUGCAAAUGGGCUAAAUUCUGAUGACCUUUACGAGAUAAGCCUACAGGAGAUUUCGUCAUCUAGGAUUCUUUCUUUGCUCAGAUUGCUGACAGAGGUUCAUAUCCGUACACAUGAAGCGGACUACAGCAGAGUAUUGAGUCAGAAAAAUGCCCAUUUGUUUUGCAUAGAAUCUGUGCGUCCAUUUGGCGCUGGCAUCGAAAUUCUACAAAUAAGGGCUAUAUCACAGGCUCUUGGCAUUCCAGUGCACGUAGCAGUUGUGGACGGUGCUAUGAAAGAUGGAACUGUGCAAGUGCUGUGCCUUGACUUCGUUCCUCAAUCAGAAUCAGGAGCAAGCAGAACAUCAGGAUCUCUCAGUUCAAUCAGACAGUACUCUCUAUCCAGUGCAACUGAUCAACAUCCAGUCUUGCCAGCUGGAAACUUAUUUUUGUCUGAUCGCAUGCCCCUAGUGACCAUAUUCAUGACGACUGCCAACACUACUGCCAUUAUGUAUCGUAAGUGAACAGAUUCUGAGUAUGCAGCAGCCUCUGGUUGAUGGUUCCAACAGGAACUGUUUGGGUGAUAACAUGGAUCUCUAUUGAUAGUCUACUCUAGUAUUGGUGUUUGAUUGUGUAUCUGCUUCCAAAUUGUAUCUGGUUACACUUCGUUGCCCAAGACAAAAAAUAACCCAUUUGCUGGUAUGUGCUCAUGCACACAGUUUAUGAAAUAAAUUUAGACUUGGCCUAACAUGCGAGGCACUGUUUCUCUUGUUGCUGGAUACUUAAGCGCACUGGAACCAGUGGGAAGAACACCUUACACUAGGAGCAAUGGAAUAGAUCAGUUAGCUUUUUUGGUUUACUUUUGUUAUGGAUGUUCCCAGUUGCUUAAGCAGUUGGAUGGAUGAUUCACAUUUGGUAAGAGCAUAUGAAGGAAUAGUUGUUUUCUGAUACAACAAUAUGUGGAUUGCCAUCAUGCAUCUUCAAGGAACAACAAUACUUUAAUUUGCAGCAUGAAGGAAUUGUUUUGUGAGUCCCUGUUGCUGCAGGCUUUCCUUUGGUGACUGAUUGGUAAUGCUUGCUAAAAGUUGGAUGUGUUCUAGAAGUAACUUUAAAUCGAUAAUGAUGUGGAGUUUGUAAAAUUCUUCGAAGCGACUUCUUGUGGAGAACUAGGAUUAACAUUUACAGCAGACUUAAUCAAAUGAAAAUGUAGUACACGAGCAGUCAUUCUUUUGAAAUAAGAAUACCCAUGUGACUGAAUGGCGUACUCGAUCAGUCUUGUGUAUUGCUGCAGCUUGCAUAGUACAAAUAGGGUUGUUGAGUAGAAGUUUUAAAGCCUGGAUAUUGAGUAGAAAUUUUACAGCCAUCGGGGAGAUUAAACUGGGAAUACAGAUCUGCUUCAAAUGGAAGGCUAUGGACAUACAGUGCCACCUAUACUUGACAUGAUGAAUGGUUCAUGACAUUCCAACACAGACAUAAAUGGAAACCUCUGCAAUUCAAUUUGGCUAUUUUUGGCUCAUUGCUGAACAGCAGAAGUUAAUCCCAGCAGCACACGUUAAUUUGUCCAUUAUGUUCACUAUAAUGUUUGAUUCUGGCUUCCUGGUCAUUGGAGUUGUGAUCUGCAGAGAACAGAGACAGCAGAGAGGGAGGGAUAGACAAAUAGGAAGGUAGCUUAGAGAACAAGAUCAGAUAGGUAGGAGAGUAAUGCUCAUUCUCCACUUGGCUUAGAUUCUAAUCAGUUAUCCAGUUAUCCUCUCCUUCACACUGACCAACACGCAAGUUGUAUGCCAGAUAUGCUACAGAGGUGCCUGAUGACUGUGCACGUGCCUGUUGUAGCUUGUGUGGUAGGGCACUGCUUAGCGACAUUUGUAGUCCUUCCAUAUCUAUCUCUGGCUGAAAUGGAGUCCAUCUGACAAGCAUUUGAGCAGCAGCAGAAGCAAUGCCUUUUUACCAGUCCUGUGUCCUAACCAAAAUGGAUUCUGGGAACAAUGGCAUAUUGUCCAGAACUCGAGAUCUCAGGGAACACUGGUGUGUACAAAUGGGUAUAAUGUAAGGUCAUUAGUUGUGACUUGUGAGGCAUUAAACACAAGGUGAAUCUUACAUUGUUCUGGUAGAGCUAAGCAAUAUGCUGUUGAAUCCUUGCACUUUAGUACUCCAAAUGAGCCAAAGUACUUUUGGAGGGUU